AAUUAACUACAUUGUAAUCUCCCAACACCUGAGAUUUCAUUUUAAAAAUCCACCUGAGAUUUCAUUGUUGCCAGAAAAAAAAAAAAAUCCUUCCUUUCUUAAUUUGAAUUUUCAGUUCUUUUACCCAGUUGAAGAAGGUGUUGGAAGAAGCUUUGUAAGGUCAAAAUGAAUGAUUUGAUGACAAAAUCUUUCACCAGCUAUGUAGAUCUGAAGAAGGAAGCAAUGAAAGACCUUGAAGCUGGACCAGACUAUGAUCUAGAGAUGUCUGCAACAGCCAAUUCCAUGGACCAAAACCUAGGUCUGUUUCUCGAGGAAGCAGAGAAAGUAAAGCAAGAAAUGGGAGUAAUUCGUGAAAUCCUAGGGAGGCUCCAAGAAUCCAAUGAAGAAAGCAAGUCAAUGCACAAGUCUGAGUCCCUCAAAUUGCUGCGUCACAAAAUCAACAAUGACAUAUUGACAGUGCUGAAAAAGGCGAAGAGCAUAAGGUCCCAGCUUGAGGAGAUGGACAGGGCAAAUAUUGCUAAUAAGCGCCUUUCUGGAUGCAAAGAAGGUACCCCAAUUUACAGGACUAGGAUUGCAGUCACCAAUGGUCUGCGCAAAAAGUUGAAGGAGCUGAUGAUGGAGUUUCAAGGGUUGAGACAGAAGGUGAUGACCGAGUACAAGGAGACUGUUGGAAGAAGGUACUUUACAGUAACUGGUGAGUACCCAGAUGAGGAAAUCAUAGAUAAGAUCAUUUCUGAUAGCAAUGGAGGAGAGGAGUUUUUAAGUAGAGCAAUUCAGGAGCACGGUAAAGGUAAGGUGUUGGAGACAGUGGUGGAGAUACAGGACAGGCAUGAUGCAGCAAAAGAGAUUGAGAGAAGCUUGCUGGAGAAGCAGAAUAAAGCAUAA